UUCCUUCCUCUAACCGAACUCCGCCAUGUAAAAUGUAUAGUCUCUUUUUGCCGGUGGAACUCACGUAUACGUAGAGCCUUGACAUCAGUCUCCACGAUGCUCCGAUUGAAACCCACCCGCAUUAGUCUGACAGAGGAUGACCUCUGUUACCACAUCGAUAGCAUCUUCCACCGAAACCAUGACCUUGCUAUAUGGCAUCAAAAGCGCAAGGGUUCGGGUAACAGCUACGACGGGGACGAGGAUGAGGAUGGAUUCUCUCAAGACUCAGACACUGACACGAUACCAGAGACUCCGCCUGAGUCGGAAUGUGACGAGGUUCAGUCGCAAACGCUGGCAGGUGACAAUCAACAGGAACUCGAACCGGGAGAGAGAAACACAAAUGCAGACGGUGGAACUUCAAGCCAUGAACAACGUCCCGUAACCGUCAGAUUUGCUCUGCCUAGACCUUCAACUUCGAGCUCUGACAAGGGCUCUCGGGUUAUCAGAGGUGGGAAAGCAGCCAUCCAGCCUGCGAGAAGCGCUCAUUCACUCCAUCUGUCCUUUUGGCUAGCACUUUGUUCGAGUGCGGACUGGAAUACAGUGAAUGGCGUAUCAACUUCGCAACACAACGGGCUCAAUAUCAAUUCACUACCGCUAUCUCUGCCUCGGCCAAAUCGGGUUGUCUUGGAGACCUACAUCCCAAAUCUCCGCACGUCAGUAACUGCUCUUCCUCUCAGGCUUCCCCGUCUCGAGAGUGAGAUAACACAGCCCGGUAUUUCUCCUGAAAAGAAGCAAUCCUCCAUCGCUUUGUGGCCGUUGGCCUAUGAUCUUUGCAUGAAAUUGGACGCAAAAGCCCCUCCAGCAACCGCAUUCCUUGUGUCAAGCUGUCCAAGCCGUUCACCAAAUAUAGAGCUCGUUCUUCGGAGGUACCCACAACAGCCGAAAAUGAAGCGCACUUAUCGUACAGAAUCGGCCUCCACAGGCAAAAGAUCUCCUAGAGAGAGGUCCGGCGUUGAUCGCACCGCUGCGCCCAAGGACCAGGAGUGCUUCUCUGCAAGAGCACCUAAUUCCGGUAGCGCAGCAGCGCAACUUUCGCCAUCAAAAGGCCAUGAAUCAAAUCCAGUCAAGAGACGUUUGAGUUCAACUACGGAGAAUGCUAGAAAAGCUGAUCCAGAUGAAGACUUCGAGAACGUUGGCCACUUAGUAGACCGUGACACCAUCUCGCGAGGAACUCAGACCGAUUCAGACCUAACGUCGACUCUAGAGUCAGAGUUGGGUGAUGAAUCAAUGGACAACCCAUUGCAUGGAGGCUUACGGGCAUUCAUUGUCUUCGCACAGAACAAUCCAGGAAGACAAGAAAACAUUGCUCCAGACAAUGCCGCCAAGCGAUCACCUCAUCAGCCGGUCUGGCAGGAUCCGUUCAUUUCAGCGAUGUUUCCUGAACCCAAUGGCCCGGCAUAUGAUCCCACGAACCGAAUCCGCAGAGGCAUGCAAGGAUACAUCAAUCCACCAACAAGUAGAGGUUCGCAGGCUCGGAACGAUCGAGGAGAGCUUGUUCAAUUGGUCCAUCCAACGCUGGUCGACGCGCGUGUUUACCAAGAAUAUGUUCAUCGAUUGAUCGCAGAGCUUGAUCGUCCAUCCCAUACUUGA